GGCAGAAAUAGACAGUUAAAAGCGAUAUUUCAAACACCCAAAUAGUGAGAUUUGUAAUUGUUAUUGUGAAAUCUGUUUAAUUUGUAAAUAUAUAAUUCUAAAUCGUAAAAUUUGAUCUAUUAUUUCUAUUUUCUCAAACUAGUGCUUUGAACCAAUCAUUUUUGUAAAAAAAUAUUUUCUUGCUAAAACUCUGUUCCUUCAUCUGUCAAUUUUAGCCGGCGUUAUGAGACAUUUGUGGGAAAUUCUAUGUUUUAGUCUUGUUUUAUUUUUUAUAAAUGUCAGAAAAUCCCUAGCUGUUUGGAAUACUAAUGAUUACUUUAAGCGUGAACAUUCUGUUGUAAAACCUUAUCAAGCUUCAGGUAUUUCCAUUCCAUUUUGGGAUUUUACUGGAAGCACUAUGAUCACAAAUAGUUACAUCAGAUUAACCCCAGAUUUACAAAGUAAAACUGGUGCUAUUUGGAAUAAUGUGCCCUGCAAAGUAAAGAAUUGGGAACUUCAAGUUCACUUCAAAAUAUAUGGCAAAGGUAAAGAUUUGUAUGGAGAUGGAAUGGCCAUUUGGUACACUAAACAGCCACUUGUAGCAGGUCCUGUAUUUGGGAGUAUUGAUUAUUUCCAUGGACUUGGAAUUUUCCUGGAUACAUAUGCCAAUCAAAAUGGUCCUCACAAUCAUGGACAUCCUUAUAUAUCAGCCACGGUGAACAAUGGUACAUUACAUUAUGACCAUGACAGAGAUGGGACUCACACUGAACUUGCUGGCUGUGAUGCAAAAUUUCGCAACUCUGAUCAUGACACUCAUUUAUCUAUUCGAUAUGAAAAAGAAGUUCUCACUGUGUCUACUGAUAUUGAGGGUAAAAAUGCUUGGCAAGAAUGUUUUACUGUAAAAGGUGUGAGACUUCCCACUGGCUACUUUUUUGGAGCAUCAGCUACUACUGGGGAUUUAUCUGAUAACCAUGAUGUUAUUUCCAUUCGUUUAUUUGAGUUGGAGAUUCCAGAUGAAAAAGAGGAUGAAGAUCGUUCAAAUAUUGCCCCUGCUGCUGCAUUUUUUGCACCUCCUAGAGAUCACGUUGAUGAUCCACCACCUCCCAUGUCUGGAACAAAACUUUUUCUCAUCAUUGUAUGUGCUCUUCUUGGUAUAUGUGUGUGUAUAAUUGGUGGUGUAAUGGCAUUUCAAAGGACCCAAGAUACUACAAGAAAAAGGCUAUAUUAAAAAUCUAUUGAUGUGUACAAAUUGCAUUUAAAGAAAUUUCUAUAAACAGUUAAAUAUGUAAAUUUCUUCCCUCUGUCAGAAUGAGUUCAUUUCUGUCAGCUUUUUAUAUAAAUAAAAUAUUGCACUCUUUAUUUAUUUUUAAGAUAACCCCUAAAAAAUUAAACUGUUGAAUGUUCUGAAUAUAUUUUUAAUCUUUAUAGCAAAGUUAAAAGCUAUAAAUAUUAAUUUGCGAGCCAUAUUGGCAGUCCAAAUGUCUUAUAUGCAGAAAAGUAGACAGGAUUUUUUUAUUAUUAUUAUUAUAUCAGGAUUUAAGUUUUUGUUACAUUUAUAUAAGUAUUAGUUUCAAUUCUUUAAAAAAAAUAGAAUGUAUGUGAAUUUGAAUAUUAGAAUAAUAAAUUUUUUUAAUUGCUGAAGAAUCUUGAAAACAUACACUUUUUUUUUGAUAUAUGGUAAUUUAUGAAUAUAUUUUUGAAGAAAAAAAAUUUUGGCUCACUCUCUAUUUUUCCUCUAUGGUUACUUAAAAAAUAAAAUUGUUUAAUUUCUUGUGCUCAAGAUCUUUUAAUUUAUUUAUUUUUUCUAAUGACAUUUUUGAUUUUUAAAUAGAUUACACUCAAAAAUUUUUUCAGAUUAUGAAAUUUUUCAUUUCCAAAUAUUUUAUGGACUAUUGAUUCUUACAAAAUAACAUAGUGUCAUUUUAAAGCAGUAUUUCAUGUCAUUCCAAUCACUUUUCUUGAUGAUAUGAAAAGAUUAUUUUCUAUCCUUGUUUCAAAAUAUUUUUUUGUUAAAUAUAUUUUGAAUUCUUUACUUUUAAUAAUUGAGGUUGUUUUGGAUGUUUUUCUCAUUCAAAAAUAUCAAAUGCUAUAAGAUCUAAGUCUUCCUCCAAAUGUUUUAAAUUUUAGAUGAUUAAAACUAUAUUUUCUUCCUAUAAGUUUUCAGUUGCUUUUUUUUUAAUCUAGCACAAACUGUUUCUUUCAUCUUUAGAAUUGACUGUAUUAAUAUUUUUGCAUUAAUUAACUUAUGUGAUUUUUUUUUUUUUGUAAAUAUUUAAGUUGGAAAAUUUUUUAACGUAUGAGUUUUUCUCUAAAUUUUGUUUUAAAAGGAUAAAUAAUGUAUUGUUUUACUUCGUAUCUCAUAAUUUAAUUUUCUUUUAUCUAACGCUCCUUAACAACAUUAAAUAACAUUAUUUAAGAAAAUAAAUGUGUUAAGUUUUUCAUAAAUAUUAGUUAUGGAAAAAAAAAACAAAUUAGUCAUCAAAUUUAGACAACACAACAUUCCAUUGAUUCAAUAUAAAAAAUUGAAAAGUAGAAAUGCAUGCAUUACAUUAUACUAAUGUUAUUAAGAAAAUAGUCAUUUCUUUUGGGUAAUGAAAAUUUUGAAUUUAGAUGAAUUUCAGGUUUCUAUACUUUUUGUAAUGUUUGAUACUUAACAUAAAUGUAUUCUAGAAUCUUACCAAAUCAUUAUGUUAUAUGGUCACGAGAACAACAACCAAAUCAUUAUAUAUUAUUAAAAUAUCUUAAUAGAAUACAGAAAAAUCAUGAUAUUUCAGUAUUUAUUUUUUCUAUUUCAUGUUAUAAAACGUAAAUACUAAACAAGAUUUAUUAUGGCUUUAACUUCUUAAGUGAUUAUUAGAAAAAUAUUUAAUGCUCUUAAUAGUAAUUGCUGAUUUAAAAUCUGUAUUUUGCUUUUUUGUUUUUGAUAAAUGAAAAAUAAAACUGGUGUACAGUGUAUUUCCCUCUCUUGAUGUGUGUUUGUAUCUAUAAUUGAAACCAGAAACGAUAAAAUAAAUGUUUUGUUAUAAAAA